GUUUCCCAUUUCUGUAUUCAGUUUUGAGUGCUGCAUUUGUCCCAUAAAUUCUGAAUUCAGUUUAAUUUGAUAAGCAAUGCAAUGCUAUGGGUUUCACACAACUUGAGAUUUCUUCUUUCUUUUUCACUUUUCCAUUUUUGAACUCAAUUUUAUGGGUUACUCAUUCUUCAAUGCAAUUUCGUUUCCCCCCCUUCUCUUUGUUAUUUUCUCUGCUUGGCUUUUUCUUUUCUCCAUACUUUAUAGCAGCGCAGAAAAUCAAUUAUUACUAUGUUGCCUUUCUGUACACAAGCUUCCAAACUUGCACCACUUCCUCUGUAAUCUUUUCCUGGAUAUAAUGUGCAUGUCUUUUUUUUUAAAAAAAAAAAAAUCUAUUGGUCUCAUUAAAUUUUUUGGGUUUGAUAGGAAUUUUACCAUUCCUGUUGCUUUUGAACUCACUUUUGGUUUUUGGUGUGGUUUUAUAUAGUUUUAAAAUAAUUGUGGUCUUGUUUUUUUCCCCCUAAAACUAAAGCAAUUUGAUUUCACCUCUGUUUUCUACCCAAACACAUUUUUUUCUAUUUGGAUAUGUUUUCUGAAAAUUUUAAACCACACCUUUUAAACUUGGAUAUAAGCUUGAAUGGCAGACAAGCCUCUUCUUAGCUCAUUUGGUUCUGCAUUUAGACCUAGAGUCUUUCUGUGUUAGGUGGAGUGUUUGAUGAAUUCUCCCUGGCUCAGUAUAUUAUUUCUAAGACAAUCUUUUGUUACUAUCUUAUGAUGGGCUGCUUUCACUCAAAAACAACAACCCAAUACACACCUGGUUACGAGGAGCCCACUGUACUUGCUGCUGAGACACCUUUUACAGUGAGUGAAGUCGAAGCAUUAUAUGAGUUAUUCAAAAGAAUAAGCAGCUGCAUAAUUGAUGAUGGCCUCAUUCAUAAGGAAGAGUUUCAGCUAGCGCUCUUCAGGAACCAAAAAAAGAGGAAUCUGUUUGCAGAUAGGAUAUUUGAUCUCUUUGAUAUUAAGCGCAAUGGAGUGAUUGAGUUUGGAGAAUUUGUCCGAUCGCUGGGUAUCUUCCACCCUAAUGCACCAGUAGCUGAUAAAAUGGCAUUUGCAUUCAGAUUAUAUGAUCUAAGGCACACUGGUUAUAUCGAGAGAGAAGAGUUGAAAGAGAUGGUAUUGGCGCUGCUGCAUGAAUCAGACUUGGUACUAUCAGAUGAUGUAGUUGAGAUGAUCAUAGAUAAGACAUUCAAUGAUGCAGACACAAAGUGUGAUGGGAGGAUAGAUCCAGAAGAAUGGAAGGAAUUUGUUUCAAAGAAUCCGUCUCUACUAAAGAAUAUGACACUUCCAUAUCUUAUGGAUAUAACCUUAGCAUUCCCCAGCUUUGUGGUAACCGCUGAAGUUGAUGACUCAGAAAUUUAGAAAUACAAAUCCUCCAAGUCGUGUUAAAUAUCCUUUGCCAUAUUGGUAUUUAGAUGACACAAUUCUAUGGAGUGCAAAGGAGUUCAAGAAUCAGAAGAACAUCAGGUUUUACAUUGAUUAUUUGAGGCCAACUGGAGUCGGGCCACGGGGAAUUUCUCCGAUAUAAGAAAAGGGAUAGUAUUUAAGGAAUUAAGGGGGCACAUCAUGGAUUCUCAGCCAUCUACAUUCGCUUAGCAAGAUGGUCAUGGGUUCAAGCUACAACAACAACAGCAACAAGAAACCCAGUUUGAUCCUAGCAGGUGGGGUCUGGGGAGGGUUGUCUGUACGCAGAUC